GGGCUGUACCAUUCAAUCUGGCAGUGUCAACAGCACUAAAAUAAGUGUUGUUUGGGAACAAGUAAACCAAAGAAACCACAACUUUCAAACACAUUUACCCAAUGUACAAACAUAUCGAUAAAUACAUUCCAUAAGUAAAUUACAACCACUCCUAAUUACAUAACUAAACAGCGACAGCUCUGUUAAGUCAUACAAAAAUUGUAAUCCUAACCGUCUUCUGUAGUAUAAUAUAAAGGUAAAAGCUUAAUGACAACAUUAUUUCAAUCAAUCAAUAUAUAGGCAGAAUGUGUAGUUCAUUCUGACAUGGUCACAAACUCCAUCUGAGAGUUUGUAUAUAACCCAGAGGAGGGUACUACUUUUCCUUCUUACUUUAGAGGGUAUGAAGAAAUUUUUAAAGAUGAGUGCUCUGACUAGCAAGACGAUAAAUCAAACCUGACUUUUGUUGAGAUAGCUGGCAUCAGCCAAGCAUGAGAAAUAUUGAAAUUACAUAUUACCAAAGAGACCAGCUUCUUGUUGAACGUCAUUCACAGAAAAUAGUUGGGACCACCAUGGAUGAAUCCAGAGAAAUGCAUCGCAAAAAUGAAACUGUUAUGCCCAGCAGUUACCCUGAUAUAUUACUCAGUAGUGAAGAUGUAAAAGGGAACAAUAAUGUAGUACCCAAGCCUACAGGAGAAGCAAAUAUUGGAAAUGGAAAGAAUGUUGCAGUUGGGGGUGAAUCUAAUGUCACAAAUAGGAAAACCGCAGAACCUGAGAAGAAAAAAUGUGAGACCGAUAAAGAGGAAGUGAAAUUCAGCAGGUAUCUCGAGUCUAAUACAAAACUGACUCAGAAACAACUCAACAAAAUAGCCGUAUACCUAGGGAAUAAAUGGAAGUCUGUUGGUCGAAAUUUAGACAUUCAAGAUGUUUUCCUGGGUAAUAUUCAAUCUGACAUCCCAGGGAAUACUGAAGAACAGUGUUUUCAAAUGUUGAAGAAAUGGUGGGAAAUAUCUGAGACAGGGAUGUGUACAAUAGGCAAUUUAACUAAGGCUCUCAUUGAUGCUGAGUGUCAUGGUGCGAUUCCAUAUUUACCAUUAGAUGAGGAGUGAUUAGCAGAAAAAAAUUUAUCCACCAUGGUAUAUGUUUUGAAUAAGAAGUGCAAUAUUAUAUCAUGUAAUUUCUGACAUAUAUUGAAGUACCAAAAUAUU